UUUCUUCACCGCUCCGCCAUGGAUCUAUCCCACCUGAUCCGUCCUUCUUCCAACUCCUCCUCCUCCUCCUCCUUCAACGUUCCAACAAUGGCAGCAACCAAAACAGACUUUGAUCUCAGUCCAUCUCCGCAGUCUAUCUACUCGGUCGGUGACUAUACAUUUGCGGAUGUCACUAACUUGGACCAUUGCGCUAAGUAUUUGAACCAGACGCUUAUCACAUUUGGAUUUCCGGCUUCGCUCGAUCUUUUCUCGAAUGAUCCGGUGUCUAUCGCGAGGACGUGCAAUUGUAUAUAUUUCCUGCUUCAACAGAGGCAGCGUGACAUUGACUUUAGGGAAUCUGCUAAUGAACAGAGACAAAGGUAA